AUGGCAUUCACAGGCAAAUACGAGUACGAGGGCGAUGAGAACUAUGAUGAGUUCGUGAAGAAGAUUGGUCUGCCCAGUGACAAGAUCGAAAUGGGGAGGAACUGCAAAAUUGUGACUGAGGUGGUGCAGAAUGGGAAUGACUUCACUUGGACCCAGCACUUCCCUGGAGGUCGCACCACCACCAACACCUUCACGGUUGGCAAGGAAGCAGACAUGGAGACCAUGGGGGGCAGGAAGUUCAAGGCAACUGUGAAAAUGGAAGGUGGGAAGCUGGUGGCUGAAUUCCCCAACUACCACCACACCGCAGAGAUCUGUGGGGGGAAACUGGUGGAGAUUUCCACUUCUUCUGGUGUAGUCUACAAAAGGACCAGCAAGAAGAUUGCCUAA